CCCAACGUCUGUCAGUCAAAUUGUUAUUUGUCUAUGUUUUUUUUGUAAACAAAUUGUUUCAGCGACAUGUGGUCGUGGUGUAGCGAUUAAUUUGAUUUCAUGUUAUUUAUUUGUAUAAAUCGUGAUAAGAAACAAGACAGACAAUGUCUGGAUACCUGGAAGUGAAAUAUCCUUUCAAGUCAAACCUGGGUUUGAAUCCUUUCAAGUCGUGGAAGAGACAAUGGUGCAUUCUGAGGCCGAGUCCGAGUUGUUCGGGUGGCGGGUCGCUGGCGGUGUACUGCAGCGAAGCGGGCGCGGCUGCGGGUUCGGUGGAGCUGCCUCCUGGCUGCGUGGUGCGGCGCGCGAAGUCCCGCUCGCGGCCGCACGCCUUCGCAGUGUUCGCGGAAGGCGAGCCACGCAAGCCUCGCAUCCUGCUGGCGGCGCCAACGCUCGCUGAUGCCCAGGCGUGGAUGGAGAAGAUCAAGGAUUUGUUGAACAGCAGCAAGCUACGCGGCACUGAGACAUUGCUCAAAGACUCCUACUCGGUGACCGUUGUCACGACCGAGUUGUCUCGCAAGUGUGGGAUGACCGCUGACAGCCUGCUGAGACUGUCGUCUAGCGGCCUCCUAGUAUCCUGUACCCAGAAGCUUGGCUCGGUUAUAGAGUGGAAACACAUAAGUGAUGCGCAGCUGGUCACUGAGGCUGCCGAUAAGAGCCAAGUGUGCAUUGUCACGGUGGAUAGUGAAUACCAAAGCGGCGGCGGCCAGCUUAAGUUCGCGAGCCCUCUGGCGACGGAGCUGGCUUCAGCGUUAACGCGGGCGCUGCGGGAGCACCGGGCGAAAGCCGCCAAGCUCAGCCGCAGCGAGGGCGAUCUGCGGUCUUCGAUGAGCAGCGACUCUGACACAGGUGAAAUCCGCCGGAGUAGCUGGUACAGCGGUCCGUCUGAAGUUUCCUUGGAUGACAUCGAUCUUAUAAUGUCAAAGGAGGCGGCGCGAAUGCCGCGCGGACAGCUGGCGCGCUGCGCCGGCGCACCGCAUCUGGCGCCUGCCCGUGACGAUAGCAUGUGCGACCGCCGCUCGCUGGUAUCCAUAGCGUCGGGCAUCUACGAGGAGAUCCCCGACCUGCCCACCGAGGCCGGCGAGUCCACAGAAGUGACCAGAGAGUCCACAGAAGUGACCAGAGAGUCCACGGAAGUGACCAGAGAGCCUACCGAAGUGACCACUGAGGCUAAUGAAGUGACCAGCUCGCCUGAAGCUUCGGACGUGUAUUGCGCGAUGGGUCGCGACGUGGUGGACGCGCCUCGCCGCAUGCUCAGCGCCGCGACUAUUGCAGCUGUGGUGGCGGAGGAGCCGACGUACGAGUCGGUGGUGGAGUGCGUGUACGCCACCAUGCGCCGGCCGCGCCGCCCGCCGCCGCCGCUGCCGCCGCGCGCGCCGCUCGGGACAAGCAAACUGGGAUCAUCCUGGAACUGCCGCAUGGGCGCGGCGGACGCGGUGACGCGCCACGGCUCCCUGGGUUCGCUUCCCAUCGGGUGCGCGCAUACAAACACCGCUGCCGAGUGUAAUACUCGCACCCUGCCUAAACCUGACAAGAGCAAGCAGGCUUUCAGCGUGUUCAGGAAGCGCGUGACGAGCGAAUCGCGCGCGUGUUGCGCCAAGGACGCGCGCGACAAGCAGCCGCAAGGCAAGAAGAAGCGCUUCGACUUCACGCCCACCAGGGACAUCUUCAAGAGCUUCAAGGUGAGUCGCAAGAUGAAGAAUCUCAAAAUAACCACCGGCCUCGGCAAAGGCGAAACGAAAAGCUGCGAGUUCCUCGAUGAGACCGAACCCAUCGCCACCAACCGCUGCUCCAAAUCCGUCGAGUGUUUGGAAGACAACGACGAGUUCGACGAUUUCGACGCCGACCUGUCGAUAGAGUUCAACGACGACGCGGUCACAACACUAGCGCUGCCGCAAGAGAUUGUCGACUUGAUAAUACGCGGCCGAGAACAGUUCAAGAUACGGUUGAAGGAUGCUGGUGAGAGUGACUACUUGCCAAUGUCUCCAGGGUUGCCGCCGCCUCCCUUAGGGCAGUAUAUGACUAUGUCGCCGCGCACCAACCUGGCUUGAAAUGUGACGUGAGGUGUGUGAUAUUUUGGUUACUUUUGAUAUGAAUCGAUGGACGGAGAGAGGCAGCUUCGUCGAUCAGAAUCAAAGUCAGCAAAAUUCCAAGUAUAAGAGUACCACACUAGUUUUGUUGAGCGUCAGCAAAGAUUUUUCAAUUUUGAAUAUUAAAACAAAGAUUUGAAAUAAUUUGUAACAUCGCUAAUGUAACAUUCCUUACAAACAGGAACCUGACGCUCGAAAAACACUAGGGUAGGCAUACUUAGACACACAACUCAAACGCCUAACAAUUUUAGUUAUUAAAAGCAACAUAACCUAAGUCAAUAAACACCAUCAUUGGCAACUUUUGGAUAUAAAAAUCCUUACUGAAGUUUAUAUUAUACUCUUUUACAUAAAAUGUGUGUUGCUGACUUUGUUUCUGUAUAAUUUUUGAGACAGAUGUUAUCGAUUUUAGCGGCAUUUUUUGCCCAAUAUGUACGUAAUAAUGUACGUUAUUUAGUAUUUUGUUUAAAGUUUCAACGGUCUAAGACGUUUUACGCAGUGUGUGGAAAAACGUGUUGUUCAUCAAUACUGCUAUUGUUGCUUGGUUCUUGUACAAAGCUUUUGCACUUUUGAUGAUACUGCUACUGGUUUUCACUGAGAAAUAUUUAAUACAAAAGGUCCUUGAUUCUGGUCAAAUACUAAAGCCCGGUCCGUGAGCACGUAGAAUUUUGUCCAAUGACCCUAGCUACCCAUCCUUAUCGCUCGC